GCUGGAGUCCGGCGCAUGCGCACUGACAGCCUGGUCCAGCUGCUGGGCUGUGCGCAGGCGCGGUGCGGCGCCCGCGGGAACCCAGUGGUGGUUUGACGUUGGCCUCAGAAAUGUGUGGAUGACGGUGGCUGGGCUGACCCGCAGGAUUGGUCCAGUGAGGAGAGUACGUCGUGAGGAAACGUCCAGGUUUUACGAAACGCAUCCCCGUGGACUUCCCAGACUAGAGGACUCGCCUCACAGAAAGCUCAGUACCAGGGGUUCAGGGGACCAAGGGGACGACCUCGGAUACAACCGCGACCACGCAUGGUGUUUGGAGCCGAAGGCUCGCCCAUUCCUCCAUUGCGCCAAUAGGCGGCGCAAUAGGGCGGUGGGAGACUGUGCAUGCGCAGUUGGCGGACAUUGCCGCAAACAACGCUGGCAGCUACCUCGGGUCUCUCGCGACAGCAUGAAGGCAGGUGAGGACGCCAGAGGAGCGCACAGCGAGAAGCCGAAGAAGCUAGGUCUCUGCGUCCUCUGUGGACUGCCCGCAGCAGGAAAGUCGACCUUCGCGCGUGCCCUCAGCCACAGUCUACGGCAGGAGAGGAGCUGGGCCGUGGGCGUCGUCGCCUAUGAUGACGUCAUGCCAGACGCGUUCCUAGAGGAGGCGAGCGCUCGCCCGUUGCCAUCCCAGUGGAAAUCGCUUCGCCAGGAACUGUUGAAGUACCUUGAAUACUUCUUUCUGGCUGUCAUUAACGGGUGUCAGAUGUCUGCCCCACCCAGCAGGACUGAAGCCAUGUGGGAGGAUUUUCUAACCUGCUUGAAGGAUCAAGAUCUGAUAUCUUCUUCAGCACUUGAGGCCCAGUCUCACUAUCUCUUAACGAAGACUGCUGUUUCUAGACCUCUGCUUUUGAUUUUAGAUGACAACUUUUAUUAUCAAAGUAUGAGAUAUCAAGUCUAUCAGCUGGCUCGGAAAUAUUCAUUAGGCUUCUGCCAGCUCUUUUUAGAGUGUUCUCUCGAGACCUGUCUACAGAGGAAUGGCCAGAGACCACUUCCAGUGCCUGCCGAGACCAUCCACCUGAUGGGAAGCAAGAUAGAAAAGCCCAACCCUGAGAAAAAUGCUUGGGAACACAACAGCCUCACAAUUCAGAGCCCAGCAUGUGCUUCAGAGGCCAGACUGAAAUUGACUGAUUUACUGCUUACGGCUUUGGAAAAUCCAAUAAAAUACGUGGAGGAGAAUGUGGAACAAAAGGAAACAGACAGAAUUAUUUGUUCAACUAACAUUCUUCAUCAAGCUGAUCAGACCCUCCGAAGAAUUGUCUCUCAGACAAUGAAGGAAGCGAAAGGUGAACAGGUGUUUCCGUACAACUUGAAACUUCUAGCCGAAGAACUUAACAAGCUCAAAGCAGAGUUUUUGGAAGACCUAAGACAAGGAAACAAAAAAUACCUGUGCUUUCAACAAACCAUGGGCUUAUCAGAUGUUAUUUCUUUUUUUCAUUAUGAGAAAGAUAACAUUGUACGGAAGUAUUUUUCAAAGCAGCAUUAAAACUUGAUUUCCAAUCAAACCCAUUUUGGUUACGAUUCUGCAAACUAAUUUAAACAAGUCUGUAUUACUGGAUGUUUUCUAGGCCAAUGAUGUGAAUUGCCAAAGGGGGGGAAAAAAAAAAUCAGUCCAUUCUAAAAGAUCCAUUUGUCAUAACAGAAACUACUUCAGUCAGUCACUUGUCAGAUGUGACAUGGAUAAUUAAGCAUCAGAGGAAGACUUCCUCAUUUAUGUACCAGAACAGUUGUGGGGGGGGCAGGGGUCACACCUUAAAUAAAGAGAAGAAAUUAGGAAGGAGACAAGAUGCUCAUCACGGAACUGUUUUUGCUUUUAACUCAUGCAACAUCUUCUCAUGGGUAAGGCACUCUACAAAUCCAAACCAAGGUAGCCAUAAAAUCUUCAAAAAUAAAAAAAAAAAAAAAUGAACAUUUUACACACUGGAAAAUUAUUUAAAAAACUAAUUGGAUCCUAGUUUUCAAAAAAGAAAAAUCGAGAUCAUUAGAAAGUGUUAUUUUUUAUUCAUAUAUUACAAAAGCAAAGCUUCAUUCACAAUAUGAACUACAUACUAGAUAGAGUUAUUUCAGCAUUAAACUGCUUUCUGGAAUCCCUAAACAAUAGUGUGUUUUGCAACCAUACUCAAGUUUUAUGUUUUACAUACAAAAUAUGUUCUUGACAUCAAAGUACAUAUUAACAAAACCAAGUUCUAGAAACCAUAUACCCUCUAAGACUACUUAAUGCAAAGUCCUUAGCAGGGAAUUUUUUAAAAAAUAAUAUAUCCAUUUGAUAAAUAUUUUUGUAGAACUUAAAUGAAGUUUAUCUCUGAACAUUUUUUUAGUAAUAUUCCCUUUGUCAAACAGUUCUGCAGAUGAAUGGCAAACACUUAUUUCUAAAAUGAAAUAGCACUGGAAAAUAUCCAGUGAAAUUUUUUCAAAGUAAAAGUCUAGCCUUUACUUGAAUUUCAAGAAGUUGUAGCUACAUACUAUAUUCAUAAAAUCUGAAAUAAAGUUACUCCUUGUUAAUCUCUUCACAGUUUCUUAAAAAAAUAUUAGUGGAGAUAAAGUAUCUACCAACUUUAAAAAUCUAAACUUAUGUUCACUGAACAAAAAUAAAUUUAGUUUCAGAACAUUGCCUGUUAACAGCAAAGUAUUAUAAAUAGUGCAUGUUAAACUUUUCUGAACUCAUUUCUAUAAAAUAUUUGAUUAAAAAUAAAAUGGGAGAAACAUAUUCAAUACUUAAUAGAAGAUACUAACAUCUUUCCAAUACAGAAUUUAACUCACAAAAAACUUAAAUAAAAUCCUAAAUAUUUUUAAAAAUACAAUACUAAAAAAGUGUCUAAGGUAGAUUUGCUUCAAAAACUUUAGUGCAUUUAGAAUUAACUACAGCUUUCAAGCAUCGGUACCUUUGGAAUACAACUGUGCUCUUUAAGUCCUAGGAAUUGUAAAAUUAUACAUUCUAGUUUGCAAUUGUGAAAAAAAAUCUGUUUGAACUAAAAUGUACUUUCAAAACAUCUCUCCUUAGUUGUCAGAAAAAAAUGUAUUUGUCGGGCUUCCCUGGUGGCGCAGUGGUUGAGAAUCUGCCUGCCAAUGCAGGGGACGCGGGUUCGAGCCCUGGUCUGGGAAGAUCCCACAUGCCGCGGAGCAACUCGGCCCGUGAGCCACAACUACUGAGCCUGCGCGUCUGGAGCCUGUGCUCGGCAACGAGAGGCCGCGAUAGUGAGAGGCCCGCGCUCCGCGAUCAAGAGUGGCCCCCGCUUGCCACAACUAGAGAAAGCCCUUGCACAGAAACGAAGACCCAACACAGCCAUACAUACAUAAAUAAAAAGAACGUAAGCAGACAAGAAUAUCAUUAAAAAAAAAAUUU